AUGUGGCGGCCGGCCGGCAGCGCGCUGCCGCAGCUGCUGCUGCAGCAGCUGGAGAGAGCGGCGGGGUGGGCAGCCAGCCGUGCCGUGUCAGCUGCCCCGCAGGCUUCCCACCUGUCAACCGUCCCCUCAGCCGAGACGCUGUGGCAGCAGACGCUGCGGGCAGCAGCGGCGGCCGUGGGUGGAGGCGGCGCCAGCGGCGGAGCCGGCCAGGCGGCGCUGCAGGCUGCCCAUCCGUCGCCGCUGCAGCUGUCGCAGCCGCCGCAGCAGCAGCAGCGGCAGGCGGCAGACGGCUGGGCCCUCGCGCCGCCGCUGCUGGCGCCAGAGGUGGCUGAGCUCAUGCCAGCAGGCAGCCGGCCACCAAGCGACAGCUCCUUGGCUCAGGCGGCCGCCGCUGGGGAUCCCCUGGCGCAGCUGAUGCUUUCGGCAGCCGAGCCCGCCCGCGGCAAGCAGCGGCGCAGGCGCAAGGCGGGAGAGCGGCAGGCGGAGGCGGGGCCGGAUGCGGCGGCGGCCUGGGCGGGCCUGGAGCCAGCAGACGACUCGGCCAGCAGCAGCGGCAGCGAUGGCAGCAGUAAGCGUGGCGAGGACGGCGGGCCCAAGCACAGCACCAGGGCAGCGCGGCGGUCCAGGCGCAAGCGGGGGCAGCAGGAGCAGCAGGCGCCGGCGCCGGGGGCGGCGGAGAGCGCCAGCGAAGACGAGAGCAGCGACGAGGCUGCCGCCGCCGCCGACGUGGCCAGCAGGGCGGGCGCUCGCCGGCUGCCGCCACCAGCGGUGCUGCAGGAUGAUGCGCACCCCAUCAGGGAUGGCGACAUCUCCCGUCCCGCCUGGCUGGUCCUGUCCCGUCUGCGCGCCGCGGGGCACGAGGCGUAUGUGGUUGGCGGUACCAUCCGGGACCUGCUGCUGGGCGGCACCCCCAAGGAUUACGACCUGCUCACCACCGCAGAGCUGCACCAGAUCAAGCGCCUGUUUGGGCGGUGCAACAUCGUGGGGCGCUCCUUCCCCGUGUGCCAGGUGCACGCCGAGGGCACCAUGAUCGAGGUCAGCAGCUUCACCACCAACGCCGACCUGCGCCUCAUCCCCGCCGACGCAUCCACCCACAUGAUUGGCAGGCAGAAGCCAAAGCGGGUGGCGCGGCAGGAGGCCGGCGCGACGUGGGCGGCCGCACGUGCCGACAAUGCCGCCCGCCGCGACUUCACCGUGAAUGGCCUGCUAUAUGAUCCGUUCAGCCGCCUGCUGUUUGACUCGGUGGGCGGUGUGGCGGACUGCCAGGCCCGCCGCCUGCGCACCAUCUGCCCACCGCAGCAAUCCUUUGCGGCAGACCCCGCCCGCAUCUUGCGGGGGGUGCGCCUGGCGGCGCGUGCAGGGCUGGAGCUGGAGCCUGAGACGGCGGCGGAGAUGGAGGAGGCGGCGGCGACCAUCGGCCUGCUGCCGCAGGGGCGGCUACAAAUGGAGCUGGGCUCGCUGUUGGGAUACGGCGCCUCGGAGCGGUCGCUGGCGCUGAUGUGGCGCCUGGGCCUGCUGGACAUGCUGCUGCCGCAGCAUGCCCUCUACCUCAAGCGCCACCGCGUGCCGCGCGCGCCACGCGCCCCCUCCUCCAAGCGCCGCCACAAGCGCGACCUGCUGUUUGAGCUGGCUGGCGAGCUGGACAGGCAUGUGCACCCGCAGAAGCCUGUGGACCCGUCGGUGUGGGUGGCGCUGCUGGCGGCGCCGCUGGUGGCCGAGGAGUGCGCCCGCCUGGGCCAGCAGCAGCGGCGGCGGCAGCGCCAGAAGCAGCGGCGGGUGGAGGAGGCGGAGGCGCGGCGGCAGCAGGCGCUGCGGCAGGAGGAGGAGGCGGCAGCGCUGGAUGGGGAGGGCAGCAGCGAGGCCGACGGCGGCGGGGGCGGCAUCGCCGGCGGCAGCAGCGGCUACGACAGCGGCAGCAGCAGCGGCAGCUUCGAGGAGGAGGGCCAGGGCAAAGGGGAGGGCGAGGGCGAGGCGCCGCACCGGCGCCAGCUGCAGGGCUGGCUGGGCCAGGAGCAUGCGGCGCGGCAGCAGUACAUAGAGCAGUACAGCCAGGUGGUGGCUGAGGUGCUGGAGAGCAUGCAGCAGGCCCUCGAUGUGGCCACCAUGGAGACGCUGGGCCACCAGGCCAAGAAGCACAGCGACCAGCUGCUGUCUGGCGGCGGCGCCGGGACUGGCGGCAGCAAGGCGGCGAGCCGGCGGCGGCGACAGCGCGGCGCCGAGGCGCAGGGCGGCGUGCUGCUGCCCUGCGUGCUGUCCAAGGCGGCGCUGGAUCGGGCGGCGGCCCUGCUGCUGCUGGAAGCCGACCUGCGAGGCCACCCAGAGCUGCUCCUGCUGCUGGGCAAGGGCAGCACGCCGGCCGCGGCGCAGCCUGCGCCAGCAGCAGCCGUGGCGGCGCUGCCGGCGCUGGGGCAGGAGCGAGAGGAGGAUGGGGAGCGGCAGCAGCAGGAGCAGCAGGCGGCGGCGGGGCGGCACAACGAGCAGCACCAGCUGUGGCACCGGCUGGAGCGGGCGCUGGCGGUGGUGGAGCUAGGGCAGGCCCAGGCGGCCGACGCCGCGGCGGCCACGGCUGCGGCGGACGCGCAGCGCGCGGGGGCGGAGGCGCAGCUGCGUCGGCGGCGCCAGGGCCGCAGGCUGAGCCCCGAGGAGCGGCUGGUGCUGGGCAUCCUCAGCGACCCGCGCUUCGACUACGGCGCCCGCACCGCCCUGCUGCGCGGCGGCGCGGCCGCCGACCCCUGA